CUCUUCACAGCAACCGAUCACAGCAGCGUGAGUUGUAUCAACCAUUCACAAUGAUAGUCGUUGCCGAAUUUUGUCGCUAGUUGUAUUUUGAAGGUUUGGAUAAACAGGCUCCUUUUAUUUCAUUUCAUUAGUCUCUACGACUCUGGUAAUCAAAAUCAUUCCCAAUAAAUAAGAAUUAAUGCACAGACAGACUAACAACAAAAUGAGUGGCAACCACAAUGCAAGAAGGCCCAGGAACGUGAGACCAAGGGAUCGUAAUUGGAGGGACUCAAGACAAAGUGGACUGCUUGGCAAUGCACCACGUCAUGUGCAGGGACGACCCCAGCCAGGGCUCCUUGGAGGAGCUCCCCGCAAUCCUCCUGGUGGAGCCUUGCACAGACCCAGUCCAUGGGAGUCUGGCAUGACACCUGGCAAUUGUGGCAUGGGGAUGGGUAUGACUCAUGGCCACGACCCGAUGGCUUGGGGUGCUGGCAACCCUCUUCAGGCUCCCAGUCUGCUUGGCAAUCCUGAAAUGGUGCGAGGUGGUGGAGGGGGUGGCCCAGGCCUGCUGGGUGGGGCACCCCAUGGCAGUGUCCUGGGCAUCAACCAGCUGACGCGUCUCAACAACAACGACCCUAAGAUGGCGCUCAACGUGCUUGGCCCGAACGCAACUCCUCAUCCAUACCGCGACCCCCCCAACAUGAUGAGGCCAAUGGACCGAGGCAAAAUGGCCCACAGCGGCCGGUACAACCGCUCAGUAGGCAGUGGCGGUGGUGGUGGUGGUGGUAACAGGAGCAGCAGUGAUGGCUCUUCCCGCGACCUCAGAAAAUGGCUCAAAGAUAAGCGAGGUCUGAAUGACGCGCGUCCUGCGCACCAGCAGUCCUCUUCCACAGCACCCAACUCUUCCCACUUUGGUGGUCAGCGCAGCAGUUCCUCCUCCGCUGCUAGUAGGAGGGACAGGCCUUCGGGCAUUAGUAGAAAACCUGCUCCAAAAGUCGUUGAUGAAAAGGAUGCUGAAGCUGAGGAAAAGUGUCCAGUUGAAGCUCUUCGCUGCCACGUCUGCAAACUUGACAGCUUCACUUCAGUGGAUGACUAUAAGAAACAUCUGAAGAGUUCGGUGCAUGGAGAAAUCCUUAACGCUCUACACCGCAAAAACUCAGCAGUCUUGGAUCUUCUGAGGCAACAGUCAAAGAUUGCGGCUAUGCACCUGAUGCUGGCCUUGGACGACAAGGAUGCCAAGAAGAGCCAGUGCUACAAAUGCAUCUGCAAGGUGGCGGGAUCUCUCCAGAAGCACAUCAAUUCGGUCGAGCAUAAGCUCGUCAACAACUUCCAAAUCGUGAAGUGCUGCAACGUUUGGUUCAGCAGCAGACCAGACUACGAACAUCACCGUCUCGGCUUCCGUCAUCUCCUAGCAAAGCACGAGGAGCGACAGAAAGUGGAGGUUCCUGAGCCGGGAUCUACUGUAGUAGGCGACAACGAAGAGGCUCCAUUGGACAAUCAAGACGAGUGGUGGGGAGCGGCUGACCGAGCUCUCAAGUGUCUACGGAGAACUUGUGAUCGACCAGAGCCUCUUACUUCCGCGUCUCUCCCGCCAUAUUCGGGAGAUACUCCCGUGGGCGAGAGCUUCCUUUCUUGUCACGCGUCUCUGAAGUGCAGCGCGUGCGACGAGCGACUCGAUCCUUCCUUGGCCGAGGUGCAUUGCCGCUCCAACGCUCACUACAUGCACGUGCUUAGCGCUCUCAAGUCUAAGGAGGAUAAGGAAGCCCCGGCUGCGACUGAGACCUCACGCGAUGAAGAGGUCGUCGACGCCUGCCACUCCACCGACUCCAGUACAGACCUGCCUAGUCAGAGUCCCUCGCGUGGUAAGGACGGUGAUGAAGGAAGUCACUUCAGCGAAGAAACCCGUGAUGGAACCUCCAUGCAGGCGGAGGCAGAGAGCAAGGACGAUGACAUCGAGGAGGGUAGCAACGGCCCUGAAGACGAUGAAGAUGAACGAAUGAUAUAUGAAGGACUCAAUGACGAGCCCCAGCUCGAUUUUGUGGAGGAAGAGGAAUUGUGCCAGAAAUCUGAUGACUCUGACACUGCCAGAGAUUGUGUUGAUUUAUCGGCAAAGCAAGAAGACGAAUACUUUGCCCUUGAUAAACCUAAUGGUGAAGUUUCUGCUCCAUCAAACGGGGCUGACAAGAAAGAGGAAGGACAUUCAGAUGAUGAGGAUGCAGACCAGUUCAAGUAUGAAGAUUUAGACGACGUACCAAACCGUGAUGCUGAUGUCAGCAGUUGUUCUGCAGUUGGAACUGACGAUGCUGUCGCUGUCGUGGAAGAGGUCUCGAUUGAUGUUACUGAUCCCCAGAAAAAUCCCGAGAUUUCAAGCGAUCCCAUCCAAAAUGUGGAGCCUCCAGCUGAAGAUUCUGUCUCGUUAAAUAACAUGGAGACAUUGAAUGGUUCUCAAAACAACGCUGUAGUCUCAACUGACACUAGCAUUUCGGCUGAUGCUUCUGAGACGUCGAGGGAUGAGACUGUUGCUAAACAAGAGGACAAAGAAGAUGAGGCCAAUUCUGAGAGUGCAAACUUUGCCAUGUCCGACGUGCAUGACAGCGCGAGUCUCGAGAAUUACGAGCUUCCCAAGCCCGUCAAAGAGGACGAUGAAGCACCCAAAGACGAGGAAUCAGUGGCGACGCGACGAAGCGGUCGCUCGGUGAAGAAGCGCGUCCUGGACGAGGUCGUGGAGGACGUUGGGGCGAUGGAGCCUUCACCCAAGAAGGGCAGAGGCAGGGGCAGGGGACGUGGCGCAAGGAAGUGAAGAAGCCUGGCUAUGCUUCUAUAGUGACACGGGGAAGUGAUACAAACUAGAAAAACACAAUUGAGGGUUGGUGCUGUUGCAUUUCACGAGACCUAAAAAACCAAAGCAAUGUGAGAUAAAGAAAUGAUGAAUAUUGCGAUAAAGAUCAUGCAACAACUGGAGGGAAUGAGUAGCAUAAUACUUACAUGGGAGGUACAGGCAAGAAGUUUUGUUAAAGUUUCUCACGUUGCUGAGUUUCGUAUCACUUAGCAGCGUGCACAUGAGCUAGGCUUGGAGACGCCCACCAUUUGAGCGAGUCAAAUAUAAUGUUUGAGCUACAGGCUAGCCGA